UCGUUUUACUUUAAUAGUGUUUUUCACAUGGAGUCUAAAGAGGAUCAUUGCAGUGGAGGAGGAAGAUGGCGAUGUGUUUGGCGACAAGCGGCCUGCCUCUUUGUCUUUUUGUGUUUUUUCCUAAACGGAACGGAGGCACAGAUCCGCUAUUCAAUCCCAGAGGAGAUGAAAAAAGGCUCGCUUGUCGGUAAUGUGGCCCAAGAUCUCGGUUUGGAUGUAAAAAGACUCCGUUCUGGGCGUGCCCGCAUCGUGACGGGGGAGAACGUCCAGUACACGGAGCUGAGGACGGACAAAGGGCUUCUGGUCGUCCAUGAGAGGAUAGAUCGAGAGCAGCUUUGUGGAGACGUGACGCCGUGCAGCUUCACCUUUGAGAUUUUACUGGAAAACCCCAUGGAAUUGCACCCUGUGACCAUCGAAGUGUUGGACGUCAAUGACAACGCCCCCACCUUUAAAUAUAAUCAUUUGCAAUUUGAAAUAAGUGAGUCUGCUGCUCUUGGCUCCCGUUUUGUUUUGGAAAGUGCACAUGAUGCUGAUGUGGGUGCAAACGGUCUGCAGAGCUACAUUUUAACUCCGAGUGAUCAUUUUGUCUUAAAGGAACACGUUAGUGGAGGUGGUAAAUAUGCAGAAAUGGUGCUGCAGAAAGGAUUAGACAGAGAAGAACAAUCCCGACUUUCUUUAAAAUUAGUGGCUGUGGAUGGAGGAAAUCCACAGAGAUCAGGUACAGUAAAUAUAAUUAUUAACAUAAUAGAUGCAAAUGAUAAUGCUCCUGUUUUUGACCAAACGACUUAUAAAGUUAAAGUGGUUGAAAAUGCAAUAAAAGGCACUCACGUUCUAACUGUGAAUGCAACUGACUCAGAUAGUGGAUCAAAUGCAAAAGUCACAUACUCUUUUUCGAAAACUAAUGCAGAAAUAAAAGAUACAUUUCAUAUAAAUGAGGAAACAGGAUGUAUAACUGUAGCAAAACAAAUAGAUUAUGAAAAAGAAAAAACAAUAGAGUUCAUGGUUGAAGCUAAAGAUCAAGGUGGACUGACUGAGUCUGCUAAAGUGGAAAUAGAAGUAACAGAUUUGAAUGAUAAUGUUCCAGUCAUAAAUGUGAUGUCCUUCACUAGUCCUGUGUCAGAAGACUCCCCAGCUGGUACCACUAUUGGUAUCAUUAAUGUUAAAGACCUAGAUUCUGGAGAAAAUGGUCACGUCAGGUGUGCCAUUGAGGGCCGCGUUCCAUUUAGAAUUAAAUCCAAUGUGAGAAAUUAUUUUGCAUUAUUGACUGAUGCUGACUUAGAUCGUGAAAGUGUGCCAGAAUACAACAUCACUGUUGUUGCAUCAGAUUCUGGCUCACCUCCUCUGUCUAGUAAAAUGACUUUUAAUUUGAAGGUUUCAGACGUGAAUGACAAUGCUCCUGUGUUCCCAGUCAGCUUGUAUACUGCAAGUGUUGCAGAAAAUAACCAUCCAGGUGUUUCUGUGCUAAAAGUUAGUGCUAAAGACCCUGAUGAAAACCAGAAUGCUCGUGUUUCUUACAUGUUGGAGGAGCGUGAAAUCGGAGGAACUCCAGUUGCUGAAUUUGUGUCCGUUAAUGCAGAAAGUGGAGUCAUUAGUGCAGUUCGCUCAUACGAUUAUGAACAAAUUAAAGAACUGGUGUUUAUUGUCAGAGCUCAGGAUGGAGGCUCCCCUCCACUUAGCAGCAACGUGAGCGUUCGCAUCCUGAUCCAGGACCAGAACGACAACGCCCCCCAGGUCCUGUACCCGGUCCAGACGGGCGGCUCGGUGCUGGCUGAAAUGGUGCCUCGUUCAGCAGAUGUGGGCUAUCUGGUGACUAAAGUGGUGGCUGUGGAUGUGGACUCUGGACAGAACGCCUGGCUCUCCUAUAAAGUGCAGAAAGCCACAGACAGGGCGCUGUUUGAAGUGGGCCUACACAAUGGAGAAAUAAGAACUGUCCGCCAAGUCACUGAUAAAGAUGGCGUCAAACAAAGACUGAGUGUUCUAGUGGAGGACAACGGGCAGCCCUCUCGUUCAGCUACAGUCAUUGUUAACGUGGCGGUGGCGGACAGCUUCCCUGAAGUGCUGUCAGAGUUCACUGACUUUAGCAUGCACGACAAGGAGUACAAUGACAAGCUGACUUUUUACUUAGUCUUGGCUUUGGCUGUGGUCUCCUUCCUCUUCAUCACCUGCUUGCUGCUCAUCAUAUCAGUCAAAGUGUACAGGUGGAGACAGUCUCGCGUCCUGUACCACUCCAACCUCCCUGUCAUUCCAUAUUAUCCACCACGUUACUCAGACACUUUGGGGACAGGGACUCUCCAACACGUGUACAAUUACGAGGUGUGCAGGACCAGCGACUCCAGAAAAAGUGACAUGAAGAAUAUGCAAGCCAUGAGUCAAAGUUUAGUGAGUGUGGAUGGAGCUGAUGCUGAUACACCACAUGUGACCAAGCAGAUGGCAGGAAACUUUUCGCAGAUGUCAACUUUGGUGAGUCUAAUAUUUUGCCAUUCUUUCUCUGUUGUUGUGUUUAAAGUUUACACUGCCGUCAGAAGGUUACAAUAUUGUCACUUAGCAUGUUGAAAAGUCUGCUUCCUCCACAAAUGUGGAACAACAUAAGGUUUAAAUCAUUGUCAGAUCAGUCUUACAUGACCUUAUUAGACUCCAGCUGUUAUGUUGAACAUGUUCUUGAUCAUUUUUUAAAGAACCAUGCCUGGCAUUAUAACUAGAUUUUUGUUUUAGCUUCAGUGUUUUAAACUACAUGUCACAUUUAAUCAAAGCACCUCUUGUUUAAAU